AUGUCGAUCAGUGUCCCCGUAAAGCUUCUAAACGAGGCUCAAGGCCAUAUCGUCUCUUUGGAACUCACGAAUGGCGACACAUACAGAGGAAAGUUGCAAGAAUCUGAGGACAACAUGAACGUCUCUCUCGAUGAAGUCACAAUAACCAAGGGCAAAACCGGUGAAACCUCCUUCAAGAACCAAGUUUUCGUGAGAGGCUCCAUGAUACGAUUUGUGAGUGUUCCUGACAUCUUACAAUAUGCUCCAAUGUUUUUCAUGAAGCCCGGUGAGAAACCCAAGCCCCCGGUGAGGGGGCCCCCACCAAAGAGAACGAAACACUGA